CCAAGUUCAUACCAAUAUGGCAUCUCUUGUUGCUGAUUAUAGCUCUUCUGGCGAAAGUGACAAUGAUGUUGAUUCUGAUAGUGUGCCUGAAGUGUCAGACGAUAAUGGGCAACUAAAUGGGCGUACAUCUGAAAAGUUACCUCGUCCCGAGUUUGGGACACUGGGUGCCGUGUCACUCAAGAGCUCUGUGUUCUCAAAUCCAUUUGUAGAGGCAGAGAAUGCUAAGAAAGCCAUCCUUGAGAAGCAUGUUAAAAUGACUCCAACCAGAGAUGAAAUUAAAAUGAUAAAUGGAAAAAAAAUAUGUUGGAACUUUCGGAAAGGUCGCUGUAGGUUCGGACAUAAUUGUAAGUUUGCGCAUGAUUCAGACUUACAUCAGUCAGGGGCAGAAUUACAGGACAGUGGUAACCAGAAUGAACAAGUGCCUUUACAUAAUCAGAUAGUACCAACUGUGGAUGAAGAAACUGAGGGAGACAAUGAGAAUAAUUCAAAACAAAUUACAAGAAAAAAGAGACCUGGUCUUACUCCAGGACUUAUUCCAGGAAAGAAAGUAAUGAAACUAUACAAGAAACAGUCAUCUCAAGAUACAGGGUGGAUAAAAGGAAACAGGUAGUAAUAUGAUUCUAGGACACAAGCCUAAUAAGAUGCCUCGUUUGUUCCUAGCAGAGCUAAAUAUUUAAUAUCAUAUGAUUCUGGCAGAUGGACAGACACCCACAUUCAGGUGUAGUUGGUAUAUCCUAGGAUAAAUAAUCAGUUUAGCAGCAGCAUAAUGCAAUAACAAAUUAUCUGUACUAUAUCAUUAGCCUUUAAAAUUUAAGUGUCCUUUGAUAGUGAUAAUAAUGAAAAUAAAGUAACUGAAAAAUAUGUACAUAGUAUAUUCGCUGGAUAUAAUGUAUCUAUAUCUUGUUAUUCUUGUGGUGGUGGUGGCAAGAGCAUAAAUUCAGAAAUACAAAAGAUACACAUCAGUGAUUCAUCUACAAAAUUGUAUUUCAGUUUCUCUUUUGAGAGGAGUGCAUAAUAAUGGCCACUCUAAUUCUGUUGGAACUUUAUGAGUUUAUAGAUCUCCGCAAAUCAGAAUAAGUGUCUGCUGUUAAGAUUACCAGUACAGCUAAGAUGAACAAUUAGUAAACAGUUGAGGAUGCAUGUGCUAGCUGUGCCUUUUAUUUUUUCUGCAAGUUAUUUUGCCAUUAUUUUUGUAACAAUUAGUCUUAGUAAAAACUAGAACAGUAGAAUUUUGCAAUUAGAACCUCAUUUUUUAAUAACACUAAAAUGCAAUUUUACUUUUAUGAGACAAAUUGUAAAAUUAAGGCAUUUCCAUAUUAAUUCCAUUUUACAACACUGUAAAUAGAGUACUCUAAGAUACUUAGAUGUAAAAUAGUUAUGUUCUAUCAUCGUUAAGUUUAAACAGAAUAAGAGGUGCCAUGUACAUGCCGAAUUUUAUUUGUAAAAAUAGUCCGGCCUCCAUUUGAAACAAAACGUUUAUCUUGAAGCCAGCUGCAGGAAGUUUUUGCUGUUACUACAAGAUACACGUCUCUCUUUUCGAAUCAGCUCGUUUGGUUGGAUGAAGAAAAUAUAUGAAGCAUCUUGUAUUAUGCAAGUUUACAAUCAAUAAAGUGUAUUUACCAAUAA